UUUGUUGGCUGCCCUGUUACGUUUAAUCGGUCAUCCGCAGCUCAGAAAGUUCUAUCGCAACACCGACCCCCAGAGACGAGGUCCAGGGCGUCAGAUUGAAUCUUAUGAUGAAGAUGACGAGGAGGACCAAGGCGCCAUGCCAAAACGCAUCCGACAAGGAGACAUGGAAGUAUUUAUGUUCACCUCGGAAACGCCCAAUUCAGACUUUGCUGGAACUGCCCGAGGACGUAAACGAGAUCGAUAUCCUGGACCGAUGCAAAUCACCGUCCAUCGUGUUAGCACCAAUAACUCCCGGAGUACAAUGUCCCGUCGGCAAAUCAAAGCCUAUGCCCGACAAAUGCACAACGCCGGCAAACAAGUGUACACUGCUGAUUCGAGAGACAUCCUCAACAAUCGGAACUGCCCCAUAACCUUUAAUAUAGAGGAUGCUAAUCACUUCGCACACCCUCAUUCUGAUGCACUUGUUAUAACUGUCCCUAUAUGUGGAAUUCCUGUUCAUCGCGUUAUGGUAGAUAUUGGGGCCUAUUCGAGCAUUUUGAUGUUAAAAGCUUUUGACAAAAUGGGUCUUGAUCCCGCCGACAUCCGACCUUGCAGUGAUCAGAUACAAGGGUUCAACGGAAGUAUUUCGAAGCCUAUCGGCGAGAUCACUUUACCUGUCAGAUUCGGCACUUCGGAGAACGUCACUAAGCUCGUCAUGGAAACUUUCAAGAUUCUGGAUAUUAACAAUGAGUACAAUGCCAUCAUCGGCAGAACAGCAUUGUAUAAACUUCGAGCUGCGGUUUCGAUCUUUCACUACGCACUAAAGUUCCCGACUACACGAGGAGAAGGGACGCACUUCGGAGACCAGAGAGAAGCUCGAGAACUUAUCACAUUCAUACCACCCACAUCCAACGGAGUCCAUUCCACCUCGACGGGCAAUGGUAAAAAUUCUCCACUACGAAACGUCUCGGACAACACGGUGUCCGGAGAGCCAAACCACAACGUCGAUGCUUUUCCCACCUCGGAUCCUUUAACCGAAGAUCGGGGUCACCGGUAUGGAAAGGAACCUAUCCUUGAAGAAGAUGAGUUGGACCCAAGGGCCCAAUUUAAAGAUAAAAGCCGAAGUGAUCGAGCCGAACCUGGAGAAGAAGCAGAAUUAAUAUACAUCGAUGAACCAAUCUUCCACAAAUCAUUGCGCAUCGGGAGUCAUCUGCAAGAACCUCUCCGGUCAGAACUUAUCUCAUUCCUUAAAUGCAAUUCUGAUGUUUUUGCAUGGAAACACGAACAUAUGAAGGGCAUCGACCCCGGUGUCGCUAGUCACAAGUUAAACCUCGAUCGAACCGUCCAACCUGUUGUUCAGAAACGAAGAAAGCUGGGGCCAGAUCGCCAGAAAGCAUUGGAAGAGGAAGUUAAGAAACUCAUCGAUAACAAAUUCAUCAAAGAGGCCAAAUAUCCGACAUGGGUCUCAAACCCCGUUCUUGUCAAAAAGAGCAAUGGUCUGUGGAGACUGUGUAUAGAUUUUUCCGACUUGAACAAGGCGUGUCCCAAGGACAGUUACCCACUCCCACACAUAGAUUACAUGGUUGACGCCACAUCGGGACAUGAAUCAAUGAGUUUUAUGGAUGCUUACUCCGGUUAUAAUCAAAUUCUUAUGGAUCCCGAGGACUCCGAACACACUUUGUUUUAUUCAGCACGAGGCUUGUACUGCUAUACCAUGAUGUCGUUUGGGUUAAAAAACGCCGGAGCCACUUAUCAACGCCUUGUCAACAAAAUGUUUGCCACGAUGAUUGGUCGUACUAUGGAAGUUUACGUCGACGACAUGCUCGUCAAGUCGGUGCACGCUUCUGACCAUAUAACACACCUCCAAGAUAUGUUUGAUGUUCUCCGAUCGUACUCCAUGGUCUUAAAUCCCAAGAAAUGCACCUUCGGAGUUAAAUCAGGAAAGUUCCUGGGCUAUAUGGUCAGCCAGCGCGGAAUUGAAGCCAACCCGGCCAAGAUAAAAGCCAUUCAAGACCUAACUCCCCCGACUUCGGUUAAGGGUGUUCAGGCCCUAACUGGCCGACUUGCUGCUCUCAACCGGUUCAUCUCCAAAUCCACAGACCGUUGCAAACCUUUCUUCGAAGCAAUCAAAAAAGGAAAGUGCUUUGAAUGGACCGAAGAAUGUCAAAAAGCUUUCAUCAGCAUCAAGGAGACACCUGCCUCUCCACCAACGUUACAAAAACCAAGACCCGAGGAAAUGUUGUUUUUAUACCUCGGAGUCAGCGAUUAUGCGAUCAGCGCUGUUUUGGUACGUGAAGAAGGAACGCUACAAUCGUCUGUUUAUUACGUUAGCAAAGCCCUACACGACGCCGAACUGCGCUACCCUUCUAUGGAAAAAUUGGCGUUUGCGCUUGUCAUCGCUGCUCGGAAAUUGCGACCUUAUUUCCAAGAGCAUUCUAUAACCGUCCGCACUUCGUAUCCGUUGCGCCAAGUCGUGCACCGACCUGACACCUCAGGACGCAUGAUCAAAUGG